AAAACCGCGAGGAGGAAAGAACUUGCGGUAGCGCUAGAAAACCGCGAGGAGGAAAGAACUUGCGACUACUUUCCAAGCCUAUUAUUCGGUGAUUUUUUUUGUUACACAGAUUUACCUAAAUAAUUAGCGAAAUUGGAACGAUGCGCUGAUGACAAAGUUGCCCUAACUUCAACCCUUACUUAAUUGCAUGUCUUUCGCUGGAUAGUUUUCUGCUCAUACAAUCUGAACGCGAAGGAGGGGAAGAUCGCGUGUUCGAAUUCCAGCAUCGUCAGAAACCCUAAUUUAUAUUAAAGGUUUUCUUUUAAUGCUACAAGGAGUAUGAAUGGACUUUAUUCUUAAGGUUUCCUAACACAGGAUUGUGGGGUAGCCGCAACCAAGGAUCUGCAUUAUUCGAGGCGAUUAAAAGGUUUACCUUGGUUACUAUCUAAUGGCUGAUCCUCAGGAUGAUGAAAAAGAUGAGGAAUGGAUGAAAGAAGUUUAUGGGAAGGAGUAUACAGGACCUCCUAAACCCUCUGAUCUCAAAGAUCGUGAUAAUGGUACAGUGAAAAAAAGAACUGCUAGUGACAAUGAGUCAGAUGAGGAUGAAAAGAAUCGCGAUCCAAAUGCUAUUCCCACUGGGUUUACUAGUAGAGAAGCUAAAGUGUGGGAAUCAAAGGCUAAGUCUAUAGAAAGAAACUGGAAACGGAAGAAGGAAGAAGAGCUUACAUGCCGUAUUUGUGGUGAAAAAGGCCAUUUUACACAGGGUUGCCCAACAACAUUGGGUGUGAAUCGGAGGUCACGUGGAGGUGCUGAACGAACCCCUACAAGGGAGAAAAAUUUCAAGCCACGUUUUACAGGAUCUGGUGGUUCUCGAGGUCAGGGAACUGAGAAGGAUACUGGAUACCGAUUUGAACAUGACAAUCACCAUGCUGGAGGUCGUGAUGCAUAUCACUCACAUGCUAGCAGAACUGAAAGGGCUAGAGGAUCAAAACCUCUAGGCUUCAAUAAACGGGCUGAACAAGUUGAUGAAUUUAGAGACGAAGCAAUGGGACGGCAGGGUUCUAGUCGUGGAUCAAAUGCAAAUUCACUAGUUGCAGCCCAAAUGCAACAUAUAGCUGCACAGAGAAUGCAGCAUAGUUCUGGUUCACAGCAUUAUCCGAGCAUGCCAGAUGUCCCACCAAUAGACAUGGAACAACACUACACAUCUUCACAAGGAGAUGGACACUGGAAGUGGGAAGGUACACGAAAUGGAUCAAAUUUUGUACUACCUCAUAAUUAUAAAGAAGGCCGAGGUCCUCCAGACCCAGUUAGUGGAAACAUCUCUCCAUCUAAAGUAAGGGGUCCAGAUGGAGCAAGUCCUUAUUAUCAUGGUCAAAUGCCAGAUUCUAUCCCCUCAGACGGAAAUAAUGCUUUGCCAAAGGAAUCUAACCAGAAGCUGGAAGUGGAUGCUGGAUUUGAAGAUCAAACCUUACCUAAAUCAUUUGAAGCAUUUGAGCAGAAACUUAUGGAUGAGGUGAUGAAACUUACAAAACAGCAAGAUGAUGCAGAGGACGACGAAAAUACAUGGCAUCGUGAGCGCACACGAGAGAUCCAUGAACAAUUCCAGGCUAAGCUUGUAGCCCUGAGAGCUCAGCAUGCUAAGCGUAGAGAAGAGUUUUUAUGUCAUGAGAUGCAGACACGAGUGGAUCAGUAUCGUCAACCAGCUUCUUCAAAACAAUACCACGAAAGUGGUGGUGGUCCAAUGCAUGGUUAUAAAGAAAAUUUAAAUGAUAAUCGUGGAUAUAGCAGUAGUGUUGCAGAUGGUCAUCAGGGCUACCCAGGAGGGUAUGAUGCACGCAGGGAUGAAAUGCAGUAUUAUGGUAAUCCUCCACAUACCUUUAACAGGAAUCAGAGCUAUGAUAUGAGAGAGGCUUUCUCUGGUAGCCGAAUGUAUGAGUCUGCUCAAAGAUACCGUUGAAUAAUCAUUCGAAUCUAGUGGUGGUGUGUCAGUUCCAUCUUUAAUUAACAAAGUUGUGGAGGUAGUAUUUAAUAUCCUGGGUCCUCUUAAGUUUUAUUGCCAUUUGCUGCUUGAUGUCUGCUAUGCCUCCAUGAGGUAUUAUGCAUAGAUGGCUUGAUUUUAGAAGGCUCCUUUUUCAUCAUUUGCCCUUUGAUACGAUCUUAACGUAUAUGGAAGUUCCUUCAUGAGGUAUUAUGCAUAGAUGGCUUGAUUUUAGAAA